UUAGAGCAGGCUUGCUACGGAAAUAUUUCAAGUUACCUGACGAGUUGAUACUGUUGGUAGUUGGCAACAACAGUUUAGUGGACACAGUCGCGUCGGCCGGUCGUGCGAGAGCCGCGACACCACCAAAAUGUCGAAGAAAGGAUUGGAAUCGAAGGCGACAGCGAGCGCCAGCAGCGGCAAUGCGACGGAGACCACACCGCUGGUGGGCAAGAAGGACGGAGAUGGGGAGCGCCAGGGUCUUACGAUGCAGCAGACAUCCAUCCUGAUUGCAGGAGAGAUGGCUGGCAGUGGAGUGCUGGCACUGCCACGAGCCCUCGUCAAAACCGGAUGGGUUGGAGUGCCGAUCAUCAUUCUGGUCUGCUUGAUGGCCGCAUUCAGUGGCAAGAGGUUGGGUGACUGCUGGUCCAUACUGGAGGCCCGGGACCCAGAGAUGAGGUCUCGCAAGAGGAACCCUUACGCGAUCAUCGUGGAACAGUCGCUCGGCAAGGCCUGGAGUGUGGUGGUAUCGAUGGCCAUGAUCGUGACCCUGUUCGGUGCCUCCGUGGUGUACUUGCUGCUGGCUGCGCAGAUCAUCGAGGCGGUGCUGCUCUCCCUCGUGCCUUCCCUCACCAUCUGUACCUGGUACCUCAUCGUCGUCGGCGCCAUGACUCCGCUGCUCUUCUUCGGAACGCCUAAAGAUUUUCAUUUGAUGGGUCUUCUUGCCUUCGGCUCCUCCGUGGUCGCCUGCAUCUUGUACUUCAUCGAGAUGAUGAACGAAGCCUCACCAUUCACCUACCGCUACGGCAUCCACGGCUUCAUGGACUUCUUCCUUGCGAUGGGAACCCUCAUGUUCGCUUUCGGAGGAGCCUCCACCUUCCCCACCAUCCAGAAUGAUAUGGCGGACAAAACCAAGUUUGGCAAGAGUUUGCAGUACGGUUUCCUUGCUGUGCUAAUCCUGUACCUGUUGAUCGCCAUCGGUGGUUACGCGGUGUUUGGCGAGCGCGUGCUCCCCAACGUGGCCCUCUCCAUGGCCGCCACCCCCCUCACGCUGGCUGCUAACGUGCUGAUGGCCAUCCACUUGUUGGCCGCCUUCAUUAUCAUCAUCAACCCCGUCUGCCAGGAGGUUGAGGAAUUGUACAAAGUACCCAGAGAUUCUGUUGGAUGGCGCAUGGCCGUGCGCGUGUCUAUAAUGCUGGCUCUACUCUUCAUCGGCGAGAGUAUCCCACGGUUCUACACGAUCCUGGCCCUGAUCGGAGCCACCACCAUUGCCCUGCUCACCUACAUCCUGCCUUCUGUCUGCUACCUCCAGCUCGUGAACCAGCCCGUCCCUGAGGGACAGACAGCCAUCGAGUCGCCUGGCUGGAUGAAGAUGGUGUGCUACGAGGUGAUCGCGCUGGGCAUCGUGGGCGGCGUGGCCGCGUCCAUCAGCGCCUUCGGAGCCAUCUUCAGCACGUCGAUGGCAGUGCCCUGCUACUUGUGAUCGCACACAAUUCUUAUACGUAGCUCUAUAAUAAAUAUACUUCAAUAUGUAUAGUUUGCAAUAUUUUUUAUACCUGAAGAGAGCAAUUUUAGUCAGAAUGAGCUGCCGUUAAAUUUGUUAGUUAAACCAUUCUCCUGACUCGACAGUUUGGCCUGAUCCAGGCCUGCCAGGCAUUUAUAACGCUCAUAGUAGUAGGUAAUUUUACUAAGCGCUUGGUCAGCCAAUCUAAGAGUCACAGAAUGCUGCUAGAUUGUAAUAAGUAACCAUGUCAUACUAGGCUAGACUUACGUAUCUACUUACUUUUAAACACAUUGUCUGUUAAUCAAGUAUGGGGGAGGAAGAGGCUCCUCAGAACAUGGCUUCAUGAACCCUACCACAACUCGAUAUAGAUACUGCUGCAAGGCUGCAAUGCUGGAUGUAUCACGCGAGCGCAGCUGCGGCUUCAUUUAUGAAAUCGAGACAUUUACCUUUUAUAAUUCUUAUAUUUCAUGUGCCUGUAAAAAUAAAAUAAACUCCACAUAAUGUACUACGUAGUUAUCAUUCGUAAUAAUCCAGAAUUUAUAGAAUUUCUCUAUAAAACUAUUUUGUUACUAGUUAGUUAAGAGUUAAAAUGUAGAAACAUGUUCGUGGCGCUGCUUUCUCUCGUAGUAAAUAUAAUAUUUUGUUACUUUUUCUUGUGUUUGUAAUUCUUAUUCUUAGAUAAGUCGUAGACUUAAGGCAAUAUCAAUUGGAACAUACACGUUAUGUGCAAACCUCUUAUGAACUUGUUUCAUAAGGAAAUGUUGUCGUGCCACUAGAGGUGUGCACGUGCAUUGCACUUUCGUACCGUAACGCAUUUACUGCAGCACAAACGCCGGGUGUAUGCCCAUACUAAUACAAUAAACAGAACAAACAUAAUAUCUCGUACUAAUAAGUUUAUUAACUCAUUCUCUGUUAUCUGCAAUCGUUUCGCUUUGUUACGCUUCAGAAUAUGAAAAAUCAUAGCUCAAUAAACGGUUUAAAUUAAGUUUAAAA